UCGACGUCGGCGCUCAGCAGCAGCGCUGCGUGCUGCUGCUGAGCGCCGACGUGCCACGCAAGCGCUGCUGCAGCGCUCAGGCAGCGCGGCGGCGGCGGCGGCGCUUGCGUCGCACGCAUCGACGUCGCCUACAUAAGAGCGCCCCGCUCCGAGAGCGAAGAGCCCCCCUCAUCUCAUCUCUUCCUCUUCCUCUCUCUGCCAACGCUUAGGACCUUCUCUCCCUCUCUCUCUCGCGCGCUUCAGACAUCAUGGCUCCCGAUCGUCGCCACUUCCAGCAGCGCGCCCUUCCUGCCCGCCACGCUACAGACAUGGCUCUCGAUCGUCGCCGCUUCCAGCAGCCCCUUCCUGCCCGCCCGGCAUGGCUCGAUGACGCCGCGCACGCACAGCCGCAGCGUCCGACGCCGCAGCACGCACAGCCGCAGCGUCCGACGCCGCAGCACGCACAGCCGCAGCGUCCGACGCCGUACCAGCGUCCGCAGCAGCCGGCGCCAGCAGCAACGCUCGCAAAGCGCAAGGCUCGCCGCCGUGUUCGCGGUGGCAAGCAGCGCAAGCACGUCACGGUCAACCACCAGAACACGACGUCGUACUCGGGCAUUCAUUCCAUGACGGUGACGAACCACCAGUAGCACGUCUUUCGUCGGCUUCUCGUCUCCCUCUCUUGCCUUCUCCUCCUCCUCUCCUACAUCUACUCCUGUGUCUCCCUUCUCUUUCGCAAUUGAAGUGGCUUCGCUGUGC